GGGCUGGAGAAGCAACACACUAACCACACAGGACUGAACUCCUAUGCAUCAUGGCUUGGGACCGUAUACAUUAAAGGAUUGCACAGCUGAGACGUCGCUUUCUAUCCUUUCUGUACUCUAUUACACUUCCUGUGCAGCUUGGCCGGAACGUACCAUUACAGGUGGCAACCGGGGGUGUUCAAAAUAAUAAAGGUUAAAAUUCGUGGAGCUUACAACCCGUGUGGGUGGACAGUGGACUGAUCCAACAUUUCAACCAAUCACAGGAGUGACAGCAGGGACUGUACGGUGUGAACUUCACAGACUCGAGUCAGCCAUGGAGAAGAAGCAGGUGAUCAUCGACACAGACUGCGGCAUAGACGAUGCUCAGGCCAUAAUGAUGGCUCUGGCAGCACCAAACAUCCAGGUCGUGGGCAUCACCUGUGUGUUUGGGAACGCAGCGCUGGACUACGUGUGUCAGAACGUCUUGAGGGUGCUCUCCGUCUGCGAGCGUGAAGGGAUUCCAGUGUUUCGAGGUUCCAGUGGUCCUCUCAUCGGAGCGGGCAGCUCACCCACCGACCACUUUGGCACUGAUGGACUUGGAGAUGUGAUUAAAGACAAAGUCCCACAGUGGGAGGAGAAAAUCCAGAGAGAGCACGCCGUCAAUGCCAUGAUCAGGCUGGUGACUGAAAACCAGAAGCAGGUCUCCUUGGUGGCCCUCGGCCCGCUCACAAACCUGGCGUUGGCUGUCAGACUGGAUCCAAGUUUUCCUCAAAAACUGAAAGAUCUGUACAUCAUGGGAGGAAAUAUGGAAGGAAAAGGAAACAUGACGUUAUGUGCAGAGUUCAACUUCGUCAUGGAUCCAGAGUCUGCUUACAUUGUUCUUGAAGAGUUUCUCUGCACGACAUACAUUGCAUCAUGGGAAUACGCCUGCAGAAACCCACUCACAUGGGAGUUCUUUGAAGAGUUGAUCAACCAGGACACACCUGCUGCAGCCUUUAUGAAGAAGAUCACAUCUCAAUGCUUCGCGUACUCCAGAGAGUUCAUGGUGAAUAAGAGAGACGUGUACUUCGGACCUGGCUUCGUCUCUUACGAUGCGUAUGCGAUGUCGGCGUGUAUUGAUAGCAGCGUGGUCACAGAGAAGAUUGAGUGUCCCGUUCGUGUGGAGCUGCAGGGUUCCAUGUGUCGGGGCAUGAUGGCACUGGAUCGCACAAAUCAGCUGAAGAAAAGCCACAGUGUGUUUGUUUUGGCUAAAUGUGAUGUUGCAAAGUUUGGUCAGUUACUCAUGAUGUCUUUAAGACAGCCAUGUAAGAAGUAACCACAGAACACAACAUGUUAUCUGAGAUCAGAUUGUCUUUGAAUGAAGUGAACAAAAGAGAAUUUAUCUGAAAUCAUUUCUUAUAUUUCUGACAAAUGAAGUGCAUGUCAUGAUUGAUCCCCUGUGCACAAACAUGUGCUGCCUGUCAGGAGUCAGCAGGGGGCAGCAGCUGCAUACGGUCCAUGUUUUUAUAUGUGUACGUUUAUUAACCCACAGUUUUAUUUUAUAAACCUACAAUCAAUGCAUAACAGGAAAAAGAUGUGGUGGGUACAGUGAGGAUGUUACUCAGUAUAUGUGGAGAUUCAAAGUAGUCGUUAUAAUUAAAGCAGGAUAAUAUCAUUGAAUUAAACUAGGAGUUCAAACACAGGAAAUGUAUCUUUGUAUACCUGUAUUUGAUUGUUUUCAUGUAAUUAAAUUCUAUUCAUUCCCUUCCUAAA